GCAGACGACGCAACGCCGCAGCAAACAUGACGAACAUCUUGCGCGUGAAGUGCGCUGUUAUUGGAGACGCCGCUAUCGGCAAGACGGCCCUGAUGCAAGUGUUUCUGCACGACCGCAGCUACUUUCCCAAAAACUAUUCAAUGACAACCGGAGUUACGCUUUCGGUCGGCAAAGUCAACAUACCGGACACCAAGGAUGCUGUCGAGCUCUACCUGUACGACUGCUCAGGAAAAGAAGUCUAUCUUGAUUUUGUCCAGGAGUUGUGGGCAGAUGCACCCUUGGCCAUAAUAAUGUUUGACACUUGCAACGAGCCUUCCUUCCAGCACGUCUCAACAUGGGCCUCGAGGCUCUCGAAGAACAGCACCUGCGGUCCUAAAAUUAGCGUCUUGGUGGGAACCAAGGCAGACCUCAAGGAACGUCGGCGCGUUUCGUCCAAGGAAUGUCAGGAGAUGGCAGAAAAGAUCGGCUUCCACUACGUGGAGUCGUCAGCGAAAGAAGGCGAAGGGGUUCAGGAACCGUUCUUCUAUCUCGCAAGCCAGUGGCACAAGACACACAACGAGAGAAGCGAACUGCAAGAUGGCGACGUCUUGUGAACCGACCGCACCUAACGCUGCUGUGUCUACGCUUUUCCGUGCACCCA